ACAAAUAACCUCAUAAUUUCACCCAAAUUUUUUUCCUUCGCUGAGUUAGUUAAAAGGAGAGGCCUUUUUGUUUUGAUCUCCGAAUCCCUGCACAUGGCGACAUCGGAGAUGAAUGAUCUUUCGUUCUCCGUAGUUUCCAUUGUGGAAGAUGUUCUUCAACAGCAUAGUAGCCGAUCAAGCGACGUUGGGUUGCUACCCCGGAGAGUCGAGGAAUCUUCUCUAAGAAGAUACGAAGCUGCCGGGUGGCUUAGAGAAAUGGUCGGAGUUUCUAGCGGCAGAGACUUUCCGGCUGAGCCUUCUGAAGAAGAUUUUAGGCUUGGACUGCGAAGUGGGAUCGUUCUUUGUAAUGUUCUUAACAAAGUUAAUCCCGGGUCAGUGUCAAAGGUUGUUGAAGCGCCGGAUGAUGUUGCGGAUGGAGCUGCACUCUCUGCUUUCCAAUACUUUGAAAACAUCAGGAACUUUUUAGUUGCCAUAGAGGAAAUGGGCUUGCCAUCGUUUGAAGCUUCAGACAUGGAGAAGGGAGGCAAGUCUGUAAGGAUAGUGAACUGCAUUCUUGCACUUAAAUCAUACAGCGAUUGGAAACUGAAAGGUGGGAUUGGUCCGUGGAGGUAUGGAGUGAACAUGAAGAAUAAUUUUGGAUCGAGAAAACCAUUCGUUAGAAAAAAUCCAGAGCCGUUCAUGAGUUCCAUCUCAAGAACUCAUUCUAGUGAAAUCACAUCAACUGAUCAACAUAUGUGUUCUGAUGUUGGGCAAGAUCUUAGUGAAAAAGGAGAUUCUAGAUCUAUCAACGCGCUUGUUCGCUCAUUUAUUUCAGAGAGAAAGCCUGAAGAAAUUCCAAGUGUUGUAGAGUCUGUGUUGAACAAAGUUAUGGAAGAAGUCCAGCAGCGGUUGUCAAUCCACAAUGAAAUGAUCAAAACAAGUUCAAAGCCUAUUCCAGAAGAUGAUUCUUCCUGUGAGACAGUGGUACGGUCUCAGCAGCGUGACGUAAGACAACAUGAGGAAGCAAAAGAAAACAGUCCGUCACAGGUCGUACAAGAAAAUUUUCAAAGACCAAAUACUGAACGCUACGAAGAACAGGGGAUUCUUCUGAAUCAACAAAAACACAUCCAGGAGUUGAAGCAAAGUUUAAAUACUACAAAAGAGGGAAUGAAUUUACUGCAGAUGAAGUAUCAAGAAGAUUUCUUUCACUUAGGAAAGCAUUUAAAUGGUUUAGCUUAUGCGGCUACGGGAUACAAAAGAGUUCUUGAAGAAAACCGCAAAUUGUACAAUCUAGUGCAGGACCUAAAAGGAAAUAUACGAGUGUACUGUCGGGUUAGGCCAUUUUUGCCAGGGCAACCAACUACUUUGAGUACCGUGGAACACAUAGAGGAAGGGACUAUCACGAUCAGAUUACCACCGAAUUAUGGGAAAGAAGGACGAAAACCAUUUAUGUUCAACAAAGUCUUUGGUCCUUCUGCAACACAAGAGGAAGUGUUUUCAGACAUGCAGCCUUUGGUACGGUCGGUUCUUGAUGGCUACAAUGUCUGCAUCUUUGCGUACGGCCAAACCGGUUCGGGGAAAACUUUUACCAUGACAGGGCCUAAGGAAUUGACUGAAGAAAGCCUAGGUGUGAACUACAGGGCACUGGCAGAUCUGUUUUUUCUAUCAAAUCAAAGAAAAGACACGACCAGCUACGAAAUCUCGGUUCAGAUGCUUGAAAUUUACAACGAGCAAGUUAGAGAUCUACUUGCCACAGACGGCCCAACUAAAAGGUUAGAAAUCAGAAACAACUCUCACAAUGGAAUAAACGUUCCGGAAGCAAGUCUAGUGCCUGUCUCAUCGACGGCUGACGUUAUACAGCUGAUGGAUAUGGGACAUAUGAACCGUGCAGUGAGCUCUACAGCCAUGAAUGACAGAAGUAGUCGAUCUCAUAGCUGUGUCACUGUUCAUGUUCAAGGCAGAGACCUCACGUCUGGGACUAUCCUCCAUGGCUCUAUGCAUCUGGUUGAUCUUGCAGGAAGCGAGAGAGUGGACAAGUCCGAGGUGACUGGAGACAGGCUGAAAGAGGCUCAACACAUCAACAAGUCCCUCUCGGCUCUUGGGGAUGUUAUCUCUUCGCUUUCACAAAAGACAUCUCAUGUGCCUUACAGAAACAGUAAACUCACACAGCUGCUGCAGGACUCCCUCGGUGGAUCAGCCAAGACGCUUAUGUUUGUCCACAUUAGUCCAGAAGCUGAAACUCUUGGAGAAACAAUUAGCACUCUAAAGUUUGCUGAAAGAGUAGGGAGUGUCGAGCUAGGCGCUGCUCGUGUGAACAAAGAUAACUCAGAGGUCAAGGAGCUUAAAGAACAGAUUGCUAAUCUUAAAAUGGCUCUAGCGAGGAAAGGAAAUGGCAAUGAUAUACCACCAAGCUCUAUACCGCUAAACCGUGAGAGAAUAUCCAGAAGAAGAUCACUUGAAACUCCUUCCAUUCGACCCAAAAUUCCUACCUUGGGAAAUGCACCAAGCAACCUUAGGCCCCAGAUUAUGGAUCUAAGUGGACCAGAGGCUUUUAGCGAUACAGCAUCUUCAAGAAGACACAGCUUAGACCUUCAUGAGCUAAUGCAAUCACCUUCUCCGUCUUGGCCGAGGAAAUCGCUCAAUGUAAAAGACGAGGACAGAGAAUCUAAGUCAGGGGAGUGGAUCGAUAAGCACGAAGAGUCAGUCCAAGCUGACAUUCCAAAGUCUGCCGAGAAAUUCUACCAGUCAAUUACCCCACCACAACAACAAUCACUAAAUGGUGGGAAGCAAGAUUUUGAAGUGCAGAGUAUUAUAGAUAACGAAUCUGAUGAAGGCACAACUAGCGAUUGCUCAGACUCUGAUUUGAUGUGGCGAUUGAGUGUUCAAGUGAAUGUGCCCAGAGUUUCUAAUAUGCAAGGCUCAGCAAACCCUAAACCAAAGAAAAUUCAGCCCAAAACUACUAAGCCCUCAGAAACCAGAAGUUUAAUCCCUUCGCUGAUUCCAGCACCAAGCAAGAGACCUCCGACCACCGUGAGUUCGCAGCCGCAACGACCAACAAGAGAUGGAAAACGCAGACUGAGUUUAGGCAGCAAGUGAACAUGUUUUCACCAGUUUUAUAAAACAAAAGAAGGAUACAGAAAGAUUUGUUUUUGUAUAUUGUGAGAAAGUGCUAUCUGUUUUGGCCGACACUCUUUGUGCCAUGAAGGUAAAAAGUCUUAGGUUGGUGCUUUGAGUGUAGAGAAAACGAUUCCUUUUUUUGGAUUUUUGACUUGUGUAUGCAUAUAUAUAAUUUGAUGUUUAUUUAAACAA